AACAAUAUCUUACGAAGGUUGGAGGUGGAUAUGUUAUAUAUAAACGUGUGAGUUUUAGUUUGAAAAAAUAUUAUCAUUGAAAAAUCGUGAAGUGUAAUACAUCACAACACAAUGUUCAAAAUUAUCACUAUAAGUUGCGUUAUUGUAGCCGUUUCUCUCAACUUCCAAAAAGUAAGAGGUUUUAAUCUGUUACCUCCCAUACCGCAUAUUAUAUCAAGAGAACCUUCAACUAAUCCUCCAAUAAUAGUGAGUGAUGACAUUCCAGAUCUUAAAAAUGAUGCAUCAAAAAUAAACUUUGGCAUCGAGGAUGUUUUACAAGGAUACCUAAACAAAGUCCAGAAUGCUAAUGUUGUAUGCACUAAACUCUAUAAUGAGGGACGUGAGACUGUCAUUCAAUUGUCAUCGACUUUUAGUUCCUGCUUAAGGAAUAGAAAUGAAACGCUUUCGGCCAAUGCAAACAUAAAAAAAUUGACCGAUCUGGCAAAUGAUGUGCAGAGAAGUCUAACGAAAGAUGUGGAUAAUAUGUUACAACACCUCCAGAACCCUUUCGAUAUAACUUCGUUCCUCAAUAUAAUAAACAGAAACUUAGUUGAUAUAAACAUCAGUGAACUUGUUCGUGUUGCGAUAUCUGAAAUUCUUACGGUUUUUCCCUUCAAUUUGAUCCGUCUUCUCCCAGAUGUGACAAGAUGCUAUGAAAACCUAUCUCAUAAAUUUAACUUAGAACAUACCUGUGGACUUUUCGCCGAUACGGGACACUGCAUUCAAAGCAUUGUGGAAAUAUUCAUAUAAAUUAUUCAAUUAAUAUGUGAGCAUUCACUCUAUAUUAAUAUACUACACUAUAUGUAUUAUUAUAAAUACAUAUUAUUGUUACGAAUGUAUGAGCAAGAUUCUUUUCUUCAUAAUAUGCAAAGCACUAUAUGUAUAAGUAAUUAUAUGCACAUAUCUUCAAAAAUGUAAAAGUUAAUAAAUAACAUUAACAAAA